UUGUACCGCAAUCGCGGUCUUAUUUUAUUCAUAUAUUGAAAGUAUCAAAAAAAUAUAUUUAAUGUACUGCUAAUUCUGAAGUAAAUACAUUCAAAUAAAAUCUCUAAAUUUUUAAACAAUUCCUGUCUCAAAAAUAAAUUUUCGACAACUUAAGGCUUCGUUUCUUUAAAGAUGUUUGAUUCAAAAAAAGAACAUGUGUUGGUAGUCAAAUAUUUUUUUUCGAACAAGGCACUCGCGAAUUAGAAAGAUUUUGUUUUCCCUGCUCCCUUCAGUCUGCCAUUUUUCCUCGUGUUUCCAAACGUUUUCUGUCCUUUUCUGAUUUAUAGUUUUCUAUCACUAAUUUUUUUCGCGCAAAUCUUUUACUCGGAUUUCGUAAAGUAGAACAAUAAAGUGAAGCUGAUAGUGAGAAAAAUCAUAUCUUUGAGCCAGUUUCUGAGGGAUGUUGUUUUUUCAUGAUUAGCAAAACAGUCACUUCCUGGUUCAUCUGUGCUGUCAUUCACGUUCGCAUAUUAUCAGCCAUUAUUAUUGUUAUCCCUCUUGAGUUUAAUCAUUAUUAUCUGAAUGCACUAUUACGAGUUAAACAUUAUCUGACACAAUGUCAGUGAUCUCGAUGACAGCUUUUUACUUUAUCUCGUUUCACAACGCUCCUAGAAUUAAAUUAGAGGAAUCCUGCACUAGUGGCAUAAUCAAAGAAAAAGAAAAGGCUUGAAGUAAGGACAGUCGGACAAUGCAACCAACUGCACAUACGAAUUCAUCCUGUCUUCCAACUCAUGCAUCAUCAGGUUCGACAGUUACGAAUUUGCUCCAUCAGCAGCCCCAAUCAUUUUAUGGUCCUGUCACAACUUUACAACCUUUUACAGCUGUUUUGCAUCCUCCUUGUGUUUAUUCUGCUGCUCAAAGAAAUACUGGACCUCUUAGUCCGGCCAUCUUACCUACUCAAGGUAAUAAAGUCAAUGAAUGGCAAGCAAAGAAUAAACCCCAAGGCCAUCAACAGCGAACCCAGCGACAAUUUCUUUACACUUCAAAGCCAUCAUUUCCAUUUGAACAUUCACAAAUCGCCCCUCCACCUCCUACCAGUCCUUCACCAUAUCUUCUCGCCUCGUCAAAUUUUUGCCACGCGCCAUACUCGCCAGACCACUAUAACAAUUUAGGAGUCACCUUAUUAUCCCAGCCAUAUUUAAAACCACCGGAAAUGCAGGCCCUUUGUCUUGUACACGAUCGUCAAGUUAUUUCUCAACAACAAAGUCAACAAUACAAUCCGUAUUAUAAUCUCAGUGCCACGAAUGCCUGCACCCUCCAGGCUGUUACUACCAACACUAAUUUAUUACCCAAUCAAAUGGGUUCUUAUGCUCCAUUCGCAAACAAUCAACUGCCUCUUCCGAAUCAUAUAUUCCAUAAUUCCGCACAAAACCCCAUUAUCAACUCACCAAAGGAAACUCGUCCAUCAGCGUCAGCGAUAGACUUUCCACCUUUAAAGUAUCCAAGAAGCCAAUUAAAUGACAUUACCGGGAAAAUACCAUCACCUCUGCCAGCUUUAUCUCGAGAGAACACCGAUUGGCCUUCUCAGAUUGGAAAAAUGUCCGCCACAUUUAAUAUUCCUUCUACAGACUACAAGGAGUUUUGUGCUGAGAUCGCUCAAAACAGUCAAGCUAACUCUUCUUCUAAAACUCAGGAGGAGCGAUUUUCAGACGAAUCAUCAGCCAGUUUUGAUUUCACAAUCGAGGCUGAAAAAAUGGUCUCUGCACUUUGCAAUACAAAUUCUUUGAAUGAUCUGGUGAAGAUCGGAACUGGUAAAAAUGAGUCUUCAAUCAUCUUUAGUGGAGCUGGUGAUAAUAUUUCUGGCAAACAUACUUGGUUUCCGAGUUAUACAGCUAAUAAUGCAAAGGUUGAGAGCAGCUCUGGUAAGUCUGUUGCCACCCAGACCCAGGAACCCAAUUCGGAAAAGUAUCCUGAACUCAUUCGUAAAACAACACUUUGGGGCUGCAGCCAGGCAGAAAGUCUUCUGAAUUCUGGAGGAUUUUCUCGAAAUUACAAAAAUGAAUGGUUGGUGAAUCUUUCAGCUGCAACCAGAACAGCGAUUACUAAAUCUGCAACAUGUUUUUCUGUAUUUGCUGGGGAUAGAAUAUUUCUGCAGGAUUUGAUUAAUUCCUUAUUGAGAAUCAGCAACGGUUGGCUGAUUCUUGAUAAUUACUUGAACAAGCAACACUACCCGAGUCUCAAUGAUAAGUAUGAUAAAGAAUUAGUAAAGUCCUUUCAAGAUUGGGAGGGAAGUACUUACGAGUUAUUAAAAAACAUAAACAAGACGUUCCUCUAUUUGGAGAAGAAAAUCUCAGGACAGGAAGAAAAAAAAACAUCUGGUACUUCUGGAACUUUCCCUGGUGAUAUUUCAAUGUACACGACCCGCGAUUUUUUUGAGUCACCUUUAAGCAAAACUAGCUUAGUCUCAGGAUCAUCAAUGAAUCAAGAAAAUCAAAAUAUUCAGAACUUUCAUUACUUGCCUGAUCAGAAAAAGGAAACAAAGCUGAAAGGAAAGUGGACCAUCACCGAAAACGUCUCAUCUGGAUUGGAGAAUUCAAAAAAUCCGGAUGUAUUUUUAAAUCGACUUGACGCUGGAAUUCACGUUAGUAGACUUCGAACCAAGGGGAAUGUCUCUUCUAUCAAAAGCACUUCACUAAACGCUGAGUUUUUUCAUUUAAGGAACAAGGUCUUGGAAAACAAGAGUCCGGAUUCUAACAAGUGGCACCUAAAAGAAAGAAAACCAGAUAUUAAUAUAAACAGAGAAUCCAAACCACUAGACUCAGUUUUCAGGCUUAAAUUCGGAAGCGAAAAUCAAGACGCUUGUUCCUCUCAGUUAUCUAGAAUCGGUCCCAUCUUCUCUAACUCUCCAGGAAACAUGGAUCCACUAUAUGUCAACACUAAUAACUCUGAUUAUUCCACUUGUAUUGAUAAGAAAGGGUGCUUUGACCCAAACUGUGAAUCCAAUUUAAGGCCAAUGUUAUCAAAGCCUCUCUAUUUAGGUCAUUCCUCCUCUGAUCAAUUGGAAUUCGCUGGUAUUCCAAUCAACAAGAUGACCCUGCUGAGUCAAAUUGAACCAAAUACUGUGGUCACUAACAAAGAAGAGAUGACUGCUAAUCUUUGUGCCUGGUUUGCUAGCAUGAGAAAUGUGAACAUCACAGGUAACCUUGAUCUGAAAAUCGAAAAUCUGACUAGAAAUUCUAAAGAAGUUACCAGAAACACAAUGGACAUGACCAGGCAACUUCAAUUAGAUGGAAAUCGGCAACUUUUAUCACUCCAGAACAUGCAAAGUAUUCAAAGUGCUCCCUGGAAUGCCUGCAACCUACUCAACAAUCGAGCCAGUGUUCAACAAACUCACGAGGAGUACGACAGUUCAGAAGAUAUUCGUAUCUAUAUGAAACCAGGAAGUUAUAACGUUCCCAAGAAAAGACACCAGAAAAGGUCCAAUCGUAGAUCUGAAAACGCAGCUUCACGUUUGGGAAUUCGUAAUCUCAACAAGGAGAGACCUGAUACUUCAGCUUGUUUUGCAUCUUCACGAGUUGUUACUAUGAACAAUAUCGAUACUAAAACUAGUUCUAAUUUUAGGAUUACUUUUCCAACUAAUCCUUCAGUUUCUUCCUCUUGCACAAAAACUGCACCCCGGAAUCUUCACAAGAGUGACUCACCUUCUGAAGAUGUGACUUGGAAAGCAGCUUGUGCUUCAGCUGAAAUUUUACUAGAAGCCUUGCAUGUCAAAAAAUUGAGUCCACAAGUAGAAGAUGAGAAAAGUGAUGAAAAGAUCAUUAAUCUGGACCAGAAGGUAAGAGAUCAGGAUCGAAUUAUCAGAAAUCAGGAUGAAAUCUUCAGAAGCCAGAAUCAGAUGUUCAGAAAUCAGGAUCAGAUUACCUACAAAGAGAAUCAGAAGAUCAGAGAUCAGAUGAUUAAAAAUCAGGAUGAGAUGAUCAUAAAUCAGGAUCAGAUUAUAAGAAAUCAAGGCCAACAGCAACGACAUUCAAAAUCUAGGAAGCAAAGAGAGGAUGAUGAUUGUGAUGCGUCUAGCUAUGAAGCUUCUGAAGAUGAUUCAGAAUCAUCUGUUAAGAUUUUUCAUGGAAUUGAUGCAGUAGGUUUGAAGAGAAAUAAUACUAAACUUGGAAAAACUAAUGUUAAAACCGAUUCUUGGUUGAUAAGAACUUUGAACAAUGCUAGCAUCAUGGAAACGAGCCAAUGUCGAGAAGAUGAAGUGGUAAGUUCAGAUUCCUUAAACAGUUCUUUCCAAGAGGAUGAACUGAAUGAUCGAGCAAAUGUUGUUACCUCUACUUUAAAUACUCCAACUGCAGAAAAAAUUAGAAACAUUAGUCCCAAGAAACUUUUCCCCAAUUUUUUAAAGAAGGAAGUCCCUACUGAAAAUGUUGGAAAGGCUACGUACUCAGAGACAGUUCGUCGUUCUGCUGCUUCUUUGGGGAAAAAAGAGAUUUCGAAGAAGGAGCCGAAUAGUGAAAAUGAAUUUAUAAUGUGUGGUACUAUUUUACCACUCCCUGGAAAAAAGAGUCAUCGGAAAGACGUAGAGAAAUCUUAUCUUUUACACAAGUCUCGAAAAGCAAUAGCGAAAAAGAUCCUGAAGGAUCAAAAAGUGCAGGUUCAACGUGAAGAUAGCUUAAAAAUGAAGAAUCCUGAGGAUGAAACAAGCUUAGGUGACAAAUCUUUUUUAAGAAAGGGGCAUGGAAAAAGAAAGGAUACAACUGUCAUAUUGGAUGGAAAAAAUAAAAAUGCAGAUAGGGGUUGGUCUGUGUGGUAUAGUUCGAAACGGAAGCAGAUGAGUCCUUUGACUUUGAGUAAACUGGAGGCGAUUCAUCAGACUCUGUGGCAAAUGGAGGAAGCUUGUGUUUUUAAGUAUCCUUCUUCUACCGGUGUUGAAACUUCUACAUCGAGCAACACGAUCGAGGAUUGCUGUCAAAUUGUGAAGAACCCUAUGUUUCUCGAAACAAUUGGUUAUAAAUUGAAGAAUCGCGUCUACAACAAAGUUGAACAUGCAGUCAAAGAUUUCCGCAGAAUAGUCCACUAUUCUAAACUUUACCAUAAGAACGAUGGUGAUUUUUCAUCGAAGAUCGACAAACUUUCCAAAAAGUUGGAGGAACUUUUUGUGGAGCAUUUUGGGAAUUUGGAUUUUGAAAACGCGAUGAGUCCAAGAGACGAAUCUCCAGUUUCUCGGCGUGUGAAAUUGCCAAGUCAAAGAACUCGUAACAUUAGAAGAAAAAGUCCUUCAGUAUCAGGAAAAACUGUAAAUGUUCAUUCCAAUGAUCAUUUAAAUCAAAACUGAAAACCAGUAUUUAAUCUAAAAGCUUAUAAAAAACAUGUCAAUUUAUUUGCUAUCUUCAGCGAAAAGAUUCUUUUCAAAUAGUAAAGUUUCAAACCGUGAAUAGAAAGAUUUGCUUCUUUUUAUAUGUUCUACAUUACAAGUAAUGAGAUAGAAAUUCUUUUAAUAUACAGAACUUUAACGGUUAAAUUAAUUGUGAAUUUUACUAUUCCGAAAAUUCAUACUUAAUGCAGUCCAGUUGGCAGCAGUGAUAUACAAAGUAUUAAAUCAAAAUAUAGUGACGGAUUCGUCAUUGGUCAAUGUUAAUAAUGUUAUUAGGCGUUCUUCGAUUUCAAUUUUAAUUGUCAUUGCAACCAUGGUACUUUUGUUUUUCGUAAAAUAUUUAUUGGGUCGAAUUAAGCGAUAUGUUGUAGCACUAGAAGAGUAUAACGCUGGUAGAAAUAUAAUACAAAAGAAUUUAAUAAAGCAAAAUAUUUUUUAAACA